AUGUUUGAAAGUCUCAAAGGACUCGGCUUCAGCAGCCUGUUUGCAGGACACUCGAGGGGCGCUGUCAACGGCGGUAACAAUCUUGCUCACAACCGUACCAACGGCAGCUCCGAUGGAUCACCACCAUCGUCUGCCGCUGGACGCAGCAUUGUGAUGGAGUACCCCCCCUCGAACCCAACUCCCCUCGACACUCAUAUUACUCGAAGGAAGACUUCCAACUACUUUUUGACCACGCCGAAGAAAUCGACGGCUGGCGCGUCGCGGAGCGAAAAGAAAAACGAGUGGGUCUGGUUGUGGGAGAGACAGGUACUUCCUGUCUAUGCCAACGGCCUGGACGACCUGGCUGCAUUGACCGCGGGAGAGCUACACGCACGACACGAGAGGGAGAGAAUUAGGGCCGCCCUCCUGGCCGACAAUUUCGACACCAACCCGACUGCCAUGCUCACUGGGAAAUUCUUCUACGCACCAGACACGUACACUAUCACCCCCGGUAGAGACGAUGAGGAAGAAGAUAGCGAGUACGAGAUGAAGGCAUCAGCCUCUGGGCACAUCAUCAUGCCUGAUGGAAUUCACAACCUCAAGAUUCGAAAGUUCCUAUCACUCAAGGACCUCGGUACUGCUGUCAUGUGCUGUCGUACCACGACCCGCACGGGACGAGGGUUUAAGGACCUGGUCCAUGGUGAUUGUAGGUCGCAGAGCUUGAUUCGAAUCCUCAGCCUAUGGGACUCUCAGAACAGGACCGAUUACCAAGGCGGGGUGGGCUAUUGGCAGCCUUUAGUCCUGGCGGACAGCAAGUACCCUGGUCACGACGAGUCGAUGUUGGACCUACGCAUAGUCAUCAUCCAGAACACCGAGUAUGUGAAGGCGACCAAGGAGAGGCUCGAUCUUGAGAGCGAGACCCGACUCGCCGCCAUCUACCGCUACGCAACUCAACUUGGACCAUACUUCGAUACAAAAGAGCACCGUGUGGCGCUACCAAAUUUCGCGCUGAGUGCUGAUCACGGCAACGACCGUGGCCGCUCGAGAUGGCCACAAGACCGAAGAGACAAUGGCAACGACCAUCGCUCUCGUUCUCCCUGGCGUAGCUCACGCGCAACCGAAGUGCGCCGACCAUCUUCCCCACUGCCGGCUACUGGCUCGAGAAACGGCGUCAAUCGAGCGGAGAUGGCUUCCGUAAAUGCGCAAGCGGCCGGUCACAAUCAGGCUCUUGGCAAAAGUCUUCCGUACGACGGGACUCCACGAGCUGCAGCCCCUUCUGCCUUUCGCCCGCCAGUAAUCCAAGCUCAUGUUGGUAGAGCGCCGGCCAACGCGAGGCAGGAUCAAGCUGUGCAGGAGGUUGCUGACCGCAAUCCAACAACUGGGGCACUCGGACAGGGCAAGGGAAAGCAGAGGGCAAGCGACAUCGGACAGCCAUGGGAUACGCGAGGUGUUAUGACCAAGAUGGCAGACCAGAUGCAGAGGACGGCAAAGAUCGUGGGAGAGUCUAUUCAAGGCGAUGCAGGUCCUUCACACACGAAGAGUUGGAAGCGCUGA